GAUGAGUGGCUCCCCAACGUUAUGUUUGGGACGUUAUUUCCGAUCAAUCGCUGCCGCACACCUCACACCUGACGCGUGUCUCUGUUGCAGGCCCAGCCCUCGCCGCCGGCUCCUCUCCGGGCUAAGCAAGCGGCGCCCCCGUCCUGCACGUGCACGUCGUGUCGGUGGUGGGGCGGUCCUCGGUGCAGGCGGUCCCGGCAAGCUCUAACGCGGUGGUGUUAAUGUCGGCAGGUGCGCGGCCCGGGACCCCACCAGGACGAGUGGCGUCCGACUGGAGGGACACGGAGAUGAAGAACGAGCAGCGCGUUGUCGAGCGCGGCGAUGAUCCACCUGGACUCGAAUUUGCCGACUGUAUGUCGGUCCCGAAUAUCGAUGCAGAACCGUGCGGCAUUGAUCCUCUAGGACGAGAGGUGGCCGACUGGAAGCCGGAUCCGGAGACCACGUUCGACACGAGCGGUGUCGAGCACGCCGAGCGUCUAAAGGGUACGGUCACCAGGAGCUACCCACUCCGAGGCCGCCGCGAGGAGGACUCUGAGGACUAUGCUGAGGCCCUGGUUGUCGUCGCCGACGCGGUGCACCCUCAGCCCUCACCGCUCGCCGAUUUGGCUUCCAGUGACCAACCCAGUGAUGUGCUCUGCGACGACGACGUCGACCCGACUCACCUACAUUGCGAAGGUCGGAGCGAUCAGACUCGCAGCGGCCAAUGUGAAGGGAGUCCCAGCCCCAGCAGCAGCCCGAUGAAGAAAGUGUCGCGUGCGGGCUUCAAGUGUAAAUACUGCCGCAAAACUUGCAUUUCGAAAUUCGAGUUAGAAAAGCAUCUACGUGUACACACCGGCAAGAGGCCAUUCAAAUGUGAAACAUGUGAGCAGACUUUUACUCGUAAAGAAAACUUGGCGGUGCACAUCAGAACCCACACAGGCGAGAAACCCUAUGUGUGUGACUUCUGCAAGCAGCGAUUUUCUCUAAAGCAUCAUCUUGUUACACACACUAGGAAACACACAGGUGAAAAACCUUAUCAGUGCGACUUCUGCAAGCAGCGUUUUUCUCAAAAAUCUAACCUUGUUAAACACAUUAGGACACAUACUGGAGAGAAGCCUCAUCGGUGCGACUUCUGCAAGCAUCGUUUUGCUGAUAGAAGUACCCUUGUUCAGCACUUCAGGACACAUACCGGAGAGAAGCCGUACAAGUGUGAUCAGUGCGAGAAAUGUUUUGCUCAGACAAGUCAUCGCACGAAACACGUCCGAAACCAUCACACAUAAAUGCGAGUGAUAGAUUAAUUAACAAACAAGUUUGUUCGCCAGAUUGAUUUCUAACAUAUUUGCCGAUUCUUAUGUAGUGUUGUUUGGUUCUUCCUAAUCUUGAAAGUAGUACGUACACACUGAUUGCGAUUAAAACUUUUUAUUCCCUACA